AUGAAAGGAAUAUUUAUUCUACUAGGAUUAGCGUUUUUAGCCUAUGCAGAUACUUGUGGUGGAAACUGCCCUUUAAAUGACUGCCCUAAGGACACUUGCUCUUGUGGGUACUCUUCAAAUGUUAUUGAUAUAGCUUAUUGGUGUUCUCAAUUUCAAGGCUGGAGCCAAUCAUGCUGCAAAUGUAUUGCACCAAAUAUAAGCAAUGGAAACGCAAAUACUGAAAGCUAUAAUUCCUAUGGAUCUCGACAAAUAGGUGUUUGGCAAAUUAACAGCACAAAUUGGGAAUCCUGCAACGAUGGUAACCCACCGUGCUCUCCAACCUCAAAUUUAAAUUGCGCAAAAAAAAUUUGGGCUUGGGGUGGAAAUAGUUGAAAAUAUUGGCCUGCAUGCUCAGCGUGUGGAUGCUGUAAUUCAUCUGAUGAAAGAGAUAAAUUAAUUCUUGAACUUCGAGCACAAAUGAAAGAAAUAGAAGACCAAGCCAGAUUAGUUGAAGAACUUGCUGCUAAAAAUAGGGGUCUUAGGUAUGAUUCUCAGGUUUAA